UACGUUAUUACGCACAAAACUUGUAAUUUUGAAAAAUGUGGACAGAAAGAGAUGUUAAUUUUGUUGACCUUGAGCAUGUAAAUAUUUGGUCUGGACAACAUUGUUUCAUUUGUAUCAUUAUUCUUAUUACCAUUGACAGUUGUACAAAACGUUAUGCGAACUGCAAUAGAGCAGUCAAUUUCCCCAGUCGGAUGGGAUUUCAUUAAUGAUUUAAGUGCUUUACCAGAAGAUAAAGAUGUCAUUAUAGAUUUUCUUUUGCAAAGAUUACAACGGAGUCAAAUUUAUACAUGGGUUGGUUCACUACUCCUGACAUUAAAUCCUAAUAAUGAAGUAUCAACAUUUGAUUUGUAUAAUUCUUCAGAAUUUGAUAAACAUGUUAAUACAUCUGAAGCAAGUCCUCACAUAUUUGCUAUUGCCGCUAAGGCACAUUAUAAUCUUAUAAACGAAAUUGGACGAACUUCUCAGGUAAUUAUUAUAAGUGGAGAAACUGGAACAGGAAAAACAUUUAAUGCUUAUAAGUGUCUAGACUUUCUUAGUAACAUCAAUAAAAAAUCAGUACAAUUAUCUCAAGGGGAUUGUGCAUUCAAUAUUAUGCUAAGAAUUACAGAUGCUUGUCAUUUAAUAUCUACUUUUACAACUGCCUGUACUGAAAAGAAUGAAGUAAGUUCAAGACAUGGGCAACUUAUAAAGCUUCAUUAUAAAGGUGGAAUUAUUUCUGGUGCAACUAUUAAUUCGUUUCUUUUGGAAAGAAGUAGAGUAACAAGAGGUGCAAACAAUUUUCAAAUUUUUUAUCAGAUGAUAUUUGGAAUGUCAUCGGCAGAACUUGAAAGUUUUUAUUUAUCUAAAGAUAAAUAUUAUGAUAUAUUAAACAUCACGGAUUAUAAUAAAAAAAAGUAUUUUCAAGAAAGUUUCCAAGAUACUCUAGAAGCACUGAAUGCAUUGGAUUUCAAACUUCAUCAGAAAAGUGACAUUUUUCAAGUUCUUGCUUUAUUGAUUCAUAUGGGAAAUAUUAAAUUUAGAGAAGAUGAUGAAAUAUGUGUAAUUGAUUUUAAUAAUAAUAAAUCAAAGGAAGCCGUGAAAAAUACUUGUGAUCUUAGUUCUUUAACUGAAGAAACUAUUAUGGAAUUGCUUACUACUAUUCUUAUAAAUCCACAAAGUAUUUGGCGAAAACAUACAUCAUAUCAUCGACACCUUGUUACCAUUGAUGCAUGUCGCAACAGAUUACAUAGUAUCAUUAGACAUAUGUAUGAUCUUCUUUUCCACUGGAUUUUAAAUCAUGCAAAUAAAACUUUAUCUUUAAAACAACAGUAUUCACAAUGGCUUGGCAUAUUGGAUAUCUUUGGUUUUGAAUGUUUUACUAAAAAUGGUAUAGAACAACUUUGCGUAAAUUAUGCUAAUGAAAGAAUACAACAAUAUUUUAUAAAAACUUAUGUAGAAAGUAACUGUAAUAAUUUGCAAGAAGAAGGUCUUAUUGAAAGUUGCGUAGUACCUUUACAUACUAUCAAUUUAUACAAAGAACGUCUAAACAUUAUUGAAGAAAAUUUAUUUUUGACUUUAAAUGAUGUUUGUCAAUCACCAGUAGCGAUUGAUACAUUAACAAUGAUUCAAUUAGCUUGUAAAAAUUUACACAAUAGACAGAGAAAAUUUUUAAGCAUAAAAGAAGAAAACUUCGUUAUAGAACAUUAUUCCAGGCCCGUUGCAUAUUGUAUAGACGAUUUAAUGUCUAAAAAUACGGAUAAGGUUCCAAAUGAAAUGUCUUUAAUUUUCAGUGCAAGUAAAAAUAAAUUUCUUCGUUCCUUAAUAAAUUUUGGGGAGGAACAGUAUUUACAUAUCGUAAAAGCAUCUACUACAAAAAAGACUAUGUUAGCUAAAUUAAAAUAUAAUAUGGAUACACUUAUUAAGGAACUUAGCAAAUGUGACUUGCAUUACGUACGAUGUGUUAAACCAAAUCGAUCGAUAAACAAUGAAUGGGACCGAAAAGACUUUCAAAAACAAUUAGCAUGUAUUGGCAUUUUUGAUGCCCUACCUUUAGCUAAAUGUAAAUAUCCUUUCCGCUUGCGUUAUCAAGAUUUUUAUUAUCGUUAUUUCAGAAAACCUACAGAAAAGAUCAAUCUUGACAAAUGUAGACUGAUUCUGGAAUCAGUUGCAUCUAAAAAAAGUCUACAAACACAAGUUCAUUUUGGAAAGCAAAUGAUAUUUUUAACAGAAUUUAUUUUUCUUAAAUUAGAAUCUUAUAGAAGGAAUUAUCGUAUAAGAUAUGCUAACAAAAUAAAAGCAUCCUGGAUAAGGUACAAAUAUAGAAAACUGGCUACUUCAAAAUAUUUGAUUAACUCUUCAGUACAAAAGGUAGACAUCACGAACAAAGAUGAUACAGUUGUCAAAGUUACACUUGACCAAGAAUUGACAAAUUCAAAUACUUCUGAUGAGAACGAUGUAUUUGUUGCUAGUUUCAUCUCCCAAAAUAAUAACGAAAUAAGUUAUUCAAAUAUUGUAAUAGAAAAUGAAAAAGAUAAUGAAAAUAUUGGUACAAAUGAGAAUUUGAAUAAAACUUAUUCAAAAAAUAAGAAUGAAUAUGAGAAUAAGUGGACAAAAAUAUUAGGGGUUUUGGAAAAAGACAAAGUUGUUGCCAUUGAAAUGGAUUCUUCUUUAUUUUUUUACAAAAAUAGAAUUUUAAGUCGACGAUGGCUUGCUGCAAUACCGAUAAGAAUGCAUACUCGGACUACAUGUAUGACAAAGUCGUAUGUAUUGCCACGUAGUGUAUUACCGCAAGGAUUACAAGACUGUCUUUAAUACAAUACAAUCAGUUUUCCUGAGAUAAGUCAUUGCUUCAGUCUUUCUUAUUGUUACUUUAAUAAAUAUAUCCUAUUAUAGCUUUUAACAAUAUACUGAAGACACUGUUAUAAAAAUACUACUAUAAGUAAAGUUAUAAAUAACAAAUCUUACAUUUUAUAUACAAAUACAAAAUCUUUUUUCGCUUUAACGA